CUGUGGCUACUUUUGGAAGAUACAGUAAUGUGCCUAUUCUAUACUCUUCUGUUGCCUGUCAGAGUACUGAUAAGUAUUUAAGUGACUGUACUUUUACUGGACAGAUUGGCUCCUCAAGAUGUGGUUCUAAAUCCAUCAUUGGAGUCCGUUGUCAUCAUUGUACAAAUGGAGAAAUGCGCAUUGUACAGAGAUCCAAUCAACUUUUUCCACAGUACACAGUUGGUCGUAUUGAGUUGUGUGUGAAUGGCUCUUGGGGUACAAUUUGUAGCGAUUUCUUUGAUAAUUCUGAUGCAAGCGUGUUCUGCAGGCAAAUGGGAUACUCUCCAUUAGGUGCUGUUCCAUUGGUUGGUUAUUUUCCUGAGGGAAUCUUCCCAUUCCAUAUAGUUGAUCUCAAUUGUACUGGAGACGAGGAGUCUAUAGGGGACUGUCCCAGGAAUGGUUUAUUAUCAGAGUACACUUGCAAUGGGAACAAUGAUGCUGCUGUAUCAUGCAUUAAGAAUGAAGAGGCACAGUAUGCUAAUUGCACUGAUGGUCAGAUUAGGUUACUUGGUGGUUCAAACCCAUUGGAAGGAAGAGCUGAAAUAUGUCACAAUAGCAUGUGGUUUGGGCUAUGUCCUACCUUCCAAAGCACUUACAGCUAUAAUGCUAUCUGUAAACAACUUGGACACUUGGGACAAAAUGCAAGGUCUUCUUUGGAUCCAUUCUUCAAACUCCCAGUUGUUCCUUAUUUUCACAAACAAUUCUCAUGCUCUCAAACUGAGGACAACUUGAACAACUGCCGCAUAGUGUCAACACUUUGUCCUCCACAAAAUAAUGUGUACCUCCAUCUUAAAUGUGAAGAGAGAUGCAAAAAUGAAGAUAUUAGGCUUCAAGGUGUAACAGGACAGGAUAAUGCUGGCAGGGUUGAGGUGUGUGUUGAUGGAGAGUGGAGAUCAAUCUGUCAGGAUGACUUUGAAUACACUGAUGCCAGUGUAGUCUGUAAACAGUUGGGAUUCUCACCUUAUGGUGCCCAAACUGUCUCUGGUAACAGGUAUUCUUCCAGUAACUCCUUUUAUAUUUAUGAAUUGAACUGUACCGGAUAUGAGAGCAGUAUAUGGGACUGUCCCUUUUAUAAUCAGUCGGAUGGAAAGUGUCCCUUUCACGCUAACGUCAUUUGUCAAUAUAAUAAUGCUACGAUUGAUAGUUCGUGUGGUAAUGGUGAUGUGAGGCUGAUGGGUGGGGCUAAUGAGUUGGAGGGCCGUGUUGAGGUUUGCUAUAAUAAGAUGUGGGGCUCAAUAUGCGGGACUUUCUGGAGAUCUAACAGUGCCAAUGUGGUCUGCAACCAAUUAGGAUAUCAAGGAUCAUCAACUUCAGCUUUUCGAGGCUACUUUGGUGAAGGAUUAGGUCCUUCAAUAACAUCUCAAGUCUCCUGUGGAGGAGAUGAGAGCUCUCUCCUUUUCUGUACCAACGACACAUUCAGUGCACUGAGGUGUGGUCACCUCUCAAUAGCCAAUGUUAGAUGUCAAGAAUCAUGUGCUGAUGGUGAGGUAAGACUCAAUGGGUCCAGUGCUAGUUCCAUUGGACGAGUGGAGCUCUGCAUUGCUCAAGUAUGGACUACAGUGUGUCACAUGAACUGGGACCUAAUGGAUGCAAGAGUUGUCUGUAGGCAACUGGGAUAUUCUCCAUAUGGUGCUGUGCCUACAUAUAACUGUUUCACUGAGGGACAACUCACCUUUGGAAUAACUGAUAUACACUGUAACGGAACUGAAGAUAACCUUUUAAACUGUUCACACAGUCAGGAACCAUUACUGCACUCAUGUAGGUCUCAUGAAGAUGCUGGAGUUAACUGUCAAGAAAUGAGCUCGGUAGUGAGAGCUAAUUGUACUAAUGGAGAGGUAAGACUGGUUAAUGGGAGUGGUCCUCAUGAAGGAAGAGUUGAAAUAUGCAUCAAUGAAGCAUGGGGCAGCAUAUGCUCUAAUGAAUGGGAUGAUAAAGAGGCUGACAUUGUAUGCAGGCAAUUAGGAUACCUACCACUAGGUGCUAGAGUGAAGUCUUUUGGUCCAGGGUCCAGUCCUAUAUUCCUCUCUAAUCUUUACUGCAUUGGGACAGAGGACAACCUGUUGGAGUGUCACCAGCAGCCAUGCAGGACUCAUAACUGCUCCAAUGCUAAUGACGCCGGAGUUGUAUGUGAACGUCCCUGCACUAAUGGCAAUAUCAGACUAGGUGAUGAUAUUUCAGGAUUAAGAGGCAGAGUGGAGGUCUGUGUUAACAUGAGCUGGUACACUGUGUGUCAUCAUGGCUGGACCUCAAAGGAAGCUAGUGUGGUCUGUCAUCAACUAGGACACUCCAAACACGGUGUAUUGGCAGCAACUACUGUCUUUGAUUAUGAAUGGCCUGUUGGUUUGUUCAAUCUCCAUUGCAAUGGAUCAGAGACCUCAAUAUGGGACUGUAAUUUUACCACUACUAAUGACGUAGGACAAACUUGUGGCCGUUUUGAUGACGCAUCUGUGUUUUGUAUUCCUGAUUCUGCGUAUGAUAAUUGUACAUAUGGUGAUGUAAGGUUGGUUGGAGGAGACACUGACUAUGAAGGAAAUGUUCAGAUCUGCUCCAAUAACACCUGGACCUCAGUCUGCAGUGGUAGGUCUUGGACCAGUUUCUAUGCAAGUAUUGUCUGUAGACAACUCAAUUAUGACAUAGGAGAUUGCUAUGAUGAUUAUGAUUAUUAUGAUGAUUAUGAAGAUGAUAGGAACAAAAGAGAAAUUGACGACUAUGACAAUGAAGAAAGCAGCAGCUGCAGGUCCAAGGCAUUAUUCAACAAUUACUUCAAUACCAAUUACACUCCAGCAUUCAUCUACUCUGACUUUAGAUGUAGAGGGAGGGAAGACUCUCUUCUUGAUUGCUUUAAGUUCACAGACUUUGAAAGACUAUUGGAGUGUUCUGCUACUACAGCUAUAGCUGGCGUCCGCUGCAGUGGAAUUCGUGUGUGUCCACAACUCCCCCGGCCUGGUAAUGGAUCCGUUAGUAUUCGUGGGUCCAUUGCUUAUUACAGCUGCUUCAGAGGUUUCAGGCUAAACGCAACUAACAACACUCGCUAUUGUCAAGAUAAUGCUACGUGGAACGGUGAAAGCAUCGGUUGUGAAUUGGUUGAUUGUGGUCUGUUGCCUAAUCCCGAAGGAGGAAAAGUGGGUAUUGAAAGAUCAACAUUAGGAGGGAUUGCCUUUUAUGCUUGUCAAGCAAACUUCUCUCUCGGUGGUAUUCCAGUAAGAAGGUGCCUUGAAAACAGCACAUGGUCUGGUAUUGCCCCAGCAUGCUUCAAUCAAACUGUUCCUAACGAUAUCCCUGGGAGAAGUGUUAUUUUUGAAUACAUUUACCAAAUUAAUAUUGAAAUCCCCUCACUUGAACCUCCUCCUUCUCGACCCCCACCUGGCCAAUUUGCAGGACGUAAGAAAAGAGCUACAAGUUUUCGUUUAAGUACUCAUGAGAGAUUUAUUCUCAGUCUCCUUCGUGAGACUAAUGGUACUCACAUUGUUAACUGUACUGUCAUGCAGUCUGAUGAUGGCUCUGAUAACGGGCCUCUACGCCCUACACGUGAAGAAAGCAGCUCAUCAAACCAGCCAGUAAUGUGCAACAUCACUAGCUACUCAACAACAGACCUCAGUAGAAGUAUUACCAGUACUGUGUUCAGUGGCCUGUUGAGUGAUGCAGAACAGUUAAAUAUUGUCCAAUCCUCUAUUGUUUAUGGAAUUGGUGGUUUCUGUGAGCCUAAUAUCACCAAUAGCUCCUUAUAUGGCAGUAAUGGAUGGCCUAAAACUGGUGGAGGCUCAAGCACAACAACUUCAUGUCAAUAUGGACAUUAUUUAUAUUGGGAUCGUGAUGAUAUUGAUGCUCCUGUCCAUAGGUACUGUCAGCCUGGUGGGGAGUGGUCUAGUCCUAAUUACACAUUAUGCAGAGAUACGAGACCAUAUGUCAGUAUACUUGGACAGCGUCAUUCUGUUGAUUAUAAUGUGACUUUUCAAGAAGGUGAAAGUGUGGACAUAAUUUGUCAGACACAAAAUGCUCUUCGUAUUCCUGGUGAUAUAAUUACUUGGUAUGACCCGAAAGGAGAUGUGGUUCCUCAUGAAAGUUCCUUAAUCAAUGGGUCCUCAUUUUCAGAAGGCGUCACAAUCUCUGACUUUAAGCAACUUAGAGUUGAUAUUUUUUCUCCCUUCAGUACACUCACUAGUUACUAUAACAGGGCACUUGGACACUCCAUUUCACCUAGUAGAAGCAUUGAAGGAACUUAUGUUUGUGAGGGUAGUAAUUCACAUGGCAGUCGCUCUAUUUCAGUCACAAUUAACAUCAAUGCACCUAACGGACCAUAUUCUUCAGUCUUUAUCAGAGGAAAUCUAACAAAUAUCACUAACUUUGGAUCCAUCACUGAAGAACAGUACAAACUAGCUGUGAUUGAGGAUAUUAUACUGGAUAAUAUAACAACAUCAAACAAACUCCAUAGAGUCAAUUGUAAAUUUGUUGCACUACGCCCCGAAGAUCAAAAUUUGGCCAAUUAUAGUCGUAUUGACUGCUCCAUAAGAGAAUACCCACCUGGGAAUGCAUCUCUUGAAUUAGGACAAUCCGUCACUAAAAAUUUUGACAUUGAAAACUCAACAUUAGUAUCAGUAACUGGAUUUUGUAACUACGAAGAGUCUGUUCAUUCCAAAUAUGGCAACUACAUGUGGUCAGAGUCUUAUGGUGGUACCAGCCACACUAAACCAUGUCCAAACAAUGAAAGCAAAUCAAUCAUUAGACACUGUAUCACUAAUGGUGAUGGAUGGGGUGACAUUGACUUUACUCCAUGCAGAGAAUUACAAAAUUUAUCCGAUCCUUUUAAAGUAUACAUUCGGUUUUCGUCAAACUUUACAUCAGUCAUACCAUCGGGAAAUUCAUCUGCAGUACUGGAUAAUAUAAGAAUUAUUAUUGAGCUUGCUGUACCAGCCAAAGCGUCAUGUGGUCAAGUAGAAGAUGAGUCUGAUUCUAGCAAUAGUAGGAUAGAGUGUGUUAUUACUGGUACAAUGGAGUCUCCUCCUACUGCUGCUACACUACAAAUGCUCACUAAUAAUAUCACCAGUGCACUAGUAUCACGACAAUAUACUGUGCUAAGAUCAACUGCAACAAGUGAGGAUGGUUUUUGUGAUGCUCAAACUGAGAUCACCAGCUCUCCUGAUCGUGGUAGAUAUGAAUGGCCAGAAGCUCAGUCUAACACAAGAAAGAGCCUACCCUGUGUUUAUGGCCCUGGGAGAGCUAGAGCUACCCGCUACUGUCUAUCAAGAGGAAACUGGAGUGUUUCUGAUACUAGUAAUUGUGCAACUGCCCUGACACUGAAAUUCAGAAAUCUUGAAAAUGUCAUUACAGAGUUCAAUGUUACUGUGGAGAAUUUGGAGGCCAUUGUGACUAACCUUAGUGUCAUUCUUAACAAUACAGAAGACACGGCGGAUCGGAACAGAGACAACCUUCAAGUGGUACUCAAGAUAUUGCGAGAGACUGGAGACAUUUUCACUGAGUCACUUGAAGAGUUUGACAUCGAAACUAUUGAGAUGAUUGUAAACAACACUGUUAAUAUUCUCGAUGAUGUUGAAGAAUGGCCCCUACCUGUCAUACAGCCUUCAGUUAAUAUUAUCAUUCAAUCAUUUGAGGCUAUAGCAGAAGCUCUCGUGACUAAAGCAAACUUCAGUAAUAUAACAAUAGCAUCUGAGGAUAUCCUCUUACGCGGAGAAAGAAUAAUGAGAGACUUUUUUAAUAAUUUUGGGCGCAAGUUUACUGUCAGCACUGAAAAUAAUGGACUAAAUGUUGAAUCAGAGAAAGCAAAUGAGAAUGGUUUAUUACCUGAAGAGUCUGCCAGUAUAUCAGUGCCUGCUAGCAUCAUCAGUCUGAUACCAAAUAAGGAAAACGUUAACGUCAUUUUUGUAGCAUACAAUAACACAUUCUUGUUCCCGAUUCGUACUGGAAGAAGAGACUCUAAUCAAACCUCAACUCGAGACCUUGCAAUUGGUUCACAAGUUAUUGGUUUCUCAAUUCCUGGUAUACCAGAAGGGACUGAAUUACCUGAACCAGUCAACAUUAGUCUCAGACUAGCUAAUCCAAAAACUGGAACACUAGAGAAUAUAACUAGCCCAACUUGUGUUUUUUGGGAUUUCAAAGCAGCUGGUGGCAGAGGGAACUGGUCUACUAGCGGCUGCCGUACAAUUGUCACUGACUCAAGCUUCAGCACUGUCAGAUGUGAAUGCAAUCAUCUCACAAACUUUGCUUGUUUAGUGGAUAUAUCUGCUAGGACUGAAGAGCCUACACAGCCUCCAAAAGCUUAUCGUACAACAUUAGAAUCUUUAACAAUUAUUGGUGUCAUUUUCUCUCUAGUGGGACUCACACUUACUGCUAUUACAUAUCUUAUAUUCAAAAAACUGAGGGUCAGAGAUGCUUCAAAGUUCCACGUUCAACUCUGCAUUUCCUUGUUCCUGAUGUUACUGAUCUUUGUCAGUGGCAUUGAUAAAAUCUCCAAUAGAGCUGGCUGCAUUACAGUUGGGAUAUUCAUACACUACUUUGCUCUUGUUUCUUGGAUGUGGAUGGGAGCAGAAGCACUUCUCAUGUUCCAAAAGCUAGUCAUUGUGUUCUCUAACAUCACAUGGCGUUUUCAUUUAGUUGUCUCCUUAAUAUGCUGGGGCGUUCCCUUGUUGCCAGUUAUCAUUACAUUGUCUAUUGAUCCUGAUAAUUAUAUUACAUAUUACCAAGACACCUCGCAAGUUGAAGGAUUUUGCUUCAUAAGUAAUACAGGAGCUUUCUUUGGUGCCUUCUUUGUUCCAAUUCUCCUACUCAUCAUAUUCAAUGUCGUUGUUUACAUUUUAAUAAUCCGAGUCCUCGUCCUCCAUUACCUCCGUAAAAAGAAGAGACAAAGCAAAGACACCAUGUCAGCCAAAGAGAUAUUGAAACUGAUGCUCUCUUUCAUUGGCAUCAUGUCCCUCUUUGGAAUCAGUUGGAUAUUUGCUGUCCUUACCUUCACUUCAAAGAGCCCUAGAGCUGCAUUUGGUGCCCAAAUCAUGUUUACGCUCUUUAACGUAUUUCAAGGUUUCUUUAUCUUCAUAUUCUUCGUUGUCCUCAAUAAUGAUACUCGGGAGGCCUGGAAGAACCUUCUCACACCGUGGAAGAAUAAUCGUGACUACAGCAAGAAAGGAUCAUCUUCUAAAGCUACACUUUCUACAACUUCAAGAGGCCAUGACAAAUCAUCAAAGAGCAGUCACUUUGGAAAGAAGGGAGCUCUGGAUCAUAAUCUCAAGCAGCGGAAUCAGUCACUGCCUUCUAUACAUUCCCUAGACUGCAAUGUUGCUGUUCCUAAUAUUUAUUCAAUGAUUGAUGAUGAAGAGACAACUAUAAAUGAGCCACCAUCAGUGCUAUAUGAGGAAGUAAAGAAAGAGAAGGGAGAGCAGGAGGAAGAGGAGGAAGGUGACAAGGCUUAUCUCAAUGGAAAAGCGAUCAAGGAUGUACGUAUUGAGAGAAAGUUUACAGUUCGCAAUACUCACCAGAUAGAGAAAGCCGAUUUAGAUUUUAAAAGUAAAGAUGAUGAUGAUGACAGUGCUGAUGAUGAUGCUGAUGCCUUUUAAUAAAAACUUUAUUUUUUAUUGCUAUAAUUAUUGCUCAAUUUUUAAAUAAUAUUUUGCAUUUUUAUUAUAAUUUUUUGUAUUUUUAAUCAUUAUUAUUAAUUUUUUAAAAUAAAAAUCAAUUGCUGCUGA